GACUUUUCAACACACACUCUCUCUCUUACAGUAUACGACAAAUACAGACGACCGUCGCGUGGCGUGUCGUUCCGACACGUCUUAGUCACAUUCGCAACAGUAUCUACCUCAAAACAUGAGUUUUUGGUUCCAUUCUCAUCGACGAAACUAAAAGCCCCACUCUCUCUCUGUCACUCUCUCGCCUUCUCUGUUCUCCUUCCCGAAGAUCUGUCUUUUUUCGCUCUCUUCUAUGGCGGAGUCCCUGGAACCUGGCUCUGUAACUGAGCCUGAGCGCUUAAACCCUGACUCUGAUCUAUCGUUCAAUGGCCGAGUCGAGAUAGACACUUCGACACCGUUUGAGUCAGUCAGAGAGGCGGCGAAUCGGUUCGGCGGUUUUGGUUUCUGGAAACCUUCUCACAAUUAUAAACCCCCAGGGGCCUUUCAGGAAAAUGUGGAAGGUGAUGUCAUUAGACUCAAGGCACAAGCUGCUGAGCUACAGAACGUUCUAAUCUCUAAAGAACUUGAGACGCUUGAGGUGGUUAAGGAGCUUGAGGCGACUAAAGCCACAGUUAAAGAGCUCAACUUUAAGCUGCAUCAGAAGAAUGAGGAGGAGAAGGAGUUGAGAGAAGAAGUUCACGGUUGUAUCAACCCAACAGGUGUUGUACUAAAGGAUUUAAGCAUGGCAAAGAUGAAUCUGUGCAAGAGGACGGUAGAUCUCGCGAGUAUACGCGGUUCUGUUGAGGUCUUGAACAAGAAACUGCAAGAAGAAAAGGCUGCACUUGAGGAGACCCGCGAGAGACUCAUGGAGAAAUCUUUGAAGGUGGUGAAGGGUGAAACAGGCGAGAAAGAUGCGUCUGGGAUGAUGAAUGAGGUUCAAAGACUCAGUGGUGAAGCUCAAGAGUUCAAGAAAACAGGAGAGAACGCACGAGAGGAGAUUGUGAAAGCAAAGGCUGAGAUUGAAGAUACAAGAGAGAAGAUCAAUGCGGCUAAGGUAAGGUUGGUUGCUGCAAGAAAGAUGAAGGAAGCGGCUAGAGUGGCUGAGACGGUUGCAAUCGCAGAGAUUAAGGCCGUGACUGUGACUACUACUGAAGACACAGAAGAAGAGGCGAAGAAGCGAGUUGAAGAAGCUAAUGUUUCAAAGAUGGAGAAAGUAGACGAAGCGGAGCAAGAAGUUGAAACUAGUAAGAAGGCAUUGGAGGAAGCUGUGGAGAGAGUGGACACUGCAAAUGCUACAAAACUGGAAGCAGAAGAGGCGCUACGUAACCGGCAGUCAGAGAAAGGACAGAGGAGAAGAUUAUCUUCGUCAGUGAACAACACUGCCAAGUUCAAGAACAGAAGAGAGACUACAGCAACAAAAACAACGCGUUUGAUGGAUGUAAAUGGUCUGCAUCUGACAUAUGAUGAUGUUGCUGUUGGUUCAUCAUCUUCGGUACCUGUCUUGAAGGCAACAAUGUCAAUCGGGCAAAUACUCAGCAAGAAGCUACUUGUAGCAGAGGAUUCAGAUGUGAUGAAUGUUGCUAGCGAGAGUAAGAAAAUGUCAUUGGGUCAGAUGUUGGCAAAGAGUAGCAGUGAUGAUGGGACUGCGAGCAAGAAGAGUGAAGGGAAGGAGAAUGGGAAGAGAUCAGUGACUGGAAAGAGAUUUGCUAAGAUCGCUAUGUUGUUGAAGAAAGAGAGCAAGGUCAAGAACAACAAGAAGAAGACGAAGAAGAUAGCUUUGAACUUGAGGUGAUACAAAGUGAUCUGUGUUUUGAGGACUUCUUGCUUGUGUUUGUUACAAAACAUUCUAUUAAGAAGUCUAAUAUAUAUCUAUCCUUACUGUUUAGAGUUUAAGUUACGUAGAACAAUGUGUUAUGAAAUUAACUAAAUCUUCAUCAACUAAUUUAAUGGAUCAAUAAACUAA